AUGAACGGCCAUAGCGAUCGCAAUGCCCACGCUCACCUAGGAAACAUCGACAUAAAUGCUUCCAAUCCUUCUUACACCUGCGACAUCCUCAUCAUAGGUGCCGGCAUCUCGGGCAUCAACACGGCGUACCGGCUCCAAACCUCCCUUCCAGAUUACAGAUAUGUCAUCCUCGAAGGCCGCGAUGCCAUCGGCGGCACCUGGGAUCUCUUCAGAUACCCGGGCAUCCGCUCGGACUCGGACCUGCACACCUUCGGCUUCGCCUGGAAUCCGUGGAACCAGGAUAACCCCAUUGCAGAGGGCCCCGCGCUGAGGGCAUACAUGCGCGAUACAAUUAAGAAAUUCGGCAUUGAUCAGCAAAUCCAAUUUAAACACCAGGUGCAGAGCGCCAAUUGGUCCACAGCCAGCAAUGCAUGGACACUACACGUCGACAACGAGGGAAUCGCGAAGACAUACACAGCGCGCUUCGUCGUCUUCGGCACAGGAUACUACAACUACAGCGAACCCCUCGCCACAGCCAUUCCAGGCCUUGAAACCUUCACGGGCCACACAAUCCACCCCCAAUUCUGGCCUGAGUCGCUCGACUACACGGGCAAGAAAAUAGUAAUAAUCGGCAGCGGCGCAACAGCCAUAACCCUCCUCCCCUCCAUCUCACAAAAGGCCGCGCACACAACCAUGCUCCAACGCAGCCCCUCCUACAUCCUCACCAUCCCCAACCGCAGCGGGCCCCCCAGCUUCCUCUCCCGCCUCCUCCCCACAUGGCUGUACCGCAAACUCCAACGCAUAUGCUUCAUCCUCUUCUCCCGCACCCUGUAUGGCUUCUGCCAGCGCUUCCCCCGCCUCGCCCGCUACCUGCUUCGCCGCUCCGUCUCCGCCCAGCUGCCCAAGCACAUCCCGCACGACCCGCACUUCAACCCGACAUACAACCCCUGGGACCAGCGGCUGUGCAUCACGCCAGACGGCGAUUUCUUCCAGUGCCUCCGUGAGGGACGAGCGGAUGUGAAGACCGAUACGAUUAGGCGGGUCACGGCGCACGGGAUCGAGUUGGACUCCGGCGAGUUUCUGGCGGCGGACAUCAUCGUUACCGCGACGGGCCUGAAACUGCAGAUCGCCGGUGGGAUCAGCAUCGCCAUCGACGGCGCAGCGAAGUCGGUCCACCUGCCCAGCAAGUUCCUCUGGAACGGGGUUAUGCUGCAGGACAUCCCCAACGCGUGCUUCGUCAUUGGCUACGCGCAUGCCUCGUGGACGCUAGGCGCGGACGCGGCGGCCACUUUCCUCGUGCGCCUACUGAAGCAUAUGGCUGCGCGCGGUCUUGUGGCUGCUGUGCCGCGGAUGGAAGAGAGCGAGCAGGCGGGGUUGGAGACGAGGUCGUUGUUGAGUUUGAGCUCGAAUUAUGUGAAGAGGUCGCAAGGGGAGGUGCCGAUGGCGGCGAAUAGGAGGCCGUGGCUGCCGAAGGGGGAUUAUCUGGGGGAUUACUGGUUUGCGAGGUGGGGGAGCUUGAGGAGGGGGUUAGAGGUUGUGAAGGGGCGGGAGGGGGAGGGGUGGCGGUUGGUGGAGGCGAUGAAGAAGCGGGUGUAG